AUGUCAAGUUGUCCACACUGUGCCUCAUCAGAAAACAAACUUUGCUGCCAGCCUAAUUGCGAUUGCGGAGAAAAUUGUUCCUGUACCUCUAUCGUCUGCUCAAAAACCUAUGCUCCAAUGGCUCGAAUCCGCAAGCCAGCUCCCACCUUUUCAGGCACUGCAUGGGAUGGAAAUAGAAUGAGGCAGCUUACUUUAGAUGAAUACAAAGGCAAAUACGUUGUCCUUUUCUUUUACCCUCUAGAUUUCACUUUUGUAUGCCCAACUGAAAUUAUCAACUUUAAUGAUAUGGCUCCUGAAUUUCGGUCAAAUAACUGUGAAAUAAUUGCUUGUUCAGUGGAUUCUGUAUUUACCCAUAGAGAAUACACAUUAAAACCUCGUGAACAAGGAGGGCUGGGGAGGCUGCAAAUUCCAUUAUUGUCUGAUCUCAGUAAAGCUGUUGGGAAAAGAUAUGGGGUCUAUUUGGAUCAUUCUGAGGAUGAAGGUGUACAUUUGAGAGGAACUUUUAUUAUUGAUAAAAAUGGGAUAUUAAGACAUGUGUCUAUUAAUGACCUUCCAGUGGGAAGAAGUGUAAGGGAAGUUUUGAGACUUGUGCAGGCUUUUCAAUAUACAGAUGAACAUGGAGAGGUAUGUCCUGAGUCUUGGUCACCUGGAGCACCAACUGUUGUACCAUCACAUGAAAGUGAAAAAACUGAAGAAUAUUGGAAAACCCAUCAUAAAUCUAAAUAA